AUGGUAACCACGCUGUUAGUCCCGUACUUUUAUUUCGAAGGAGGUGAACUGCGAAGCGUCCCCGUGUCCAUUAGAGCCGGGAGUCAACUCACGUUACUGGCAAAGAGAAGGCUGGAGCUGGAAGCCGCUGCCCCCCAGGACCUCCAGGAUGGUGACUGGACCCCCAAAAAGGAGAUGGCCUCUCGGUCCCACACAGCAGCAACGGCUCCCACCCCCAAUCCCAUAGCGCGCAAGUCCCUGUUCGAGAGGUCGCGCUGUGACACCUCCCUCGGUUUGUUGACGCAGAGGUUCGCGGAGAUGCUGAGUCGCUCCGCCGACGGCGUGCUGGACCUGAACCUCCCUUACUCGUCCUUCGUCCAGGUGUCUUCCAAAGACUAUGCGAUCCAUACUUGUGGAGUUGAUAUUAUCUCCAGCCUGCCGUCCGAGCCGCCACAACACUCGUCACCGGUCACUGUCUCCCCCGUCGCACACAUGCACACCUCCCUCCAGCCCCCUCCUGGAGCCCAGCAGAGCUUUAUCACCCUCAAUCCCCCUCUAGCUUUCUCUCUCGGUGGGGAGGAGUACUCCCUGAGCCUGACCGACAAGGAGGGCAUCAGUAACCACUUCUCUUGUUUUGACCCGGACCAGACCACCCCAGAUAUGCCCCUUCUCUGAGCAGCCGCUUUUGGGAAUUUAAUCAUUUUGGAGGCACUUGCCCUCCCCCCCUC